UAAACCCCACCAAAGAUUAGACCUUUCCUGUUCAUAAUGAUCGUCUUCAUCUCGUAUGUUAUACCGCUCGGUGUUGAUGUACCGUACCUAGCAGGGAAUCCCUCUGAUAAAUUCAGUCUUCAGAAUUUUACGGCUGUACACUUUGUACUCCUGUCACGAAGUCCAGUGAAGUGAAGGCCCAGUUCCUCUCGUCCCCUGCCACCUCCACCGCAAUCACCGGAGGCGGAGGCGACGCCGGCGAGCACUCAGCGCCCUCGGGUCACCGCCUGCAUCGUCGUGAUCCGACCAACGUCUCCCGGGCAGGCUCCCCAGUGACUCCCGCGAUCGUGUCUCCGCCGGACGCGGCUCUAUAGAAGAAAGUCUCGAGGAACAGGAGUGAAGCCCCUGGUUGCGGGUUGGGGCAUCAAGGAUGAGCGGGAGGAAGAAUGCCGGCAAGGCCUCCCCCUGCCUGCUCAUCCUCAUCUCCUUCGGCUGCUUCUUCCUGACCUACAACUUCCUCACGACGCUGGGCCGCGGCCGGGGCCUGGACGGCCCGCGCAAGUUUCUCGGCGGCGGCGAUCGGGACGCUGCUGUCUCCGGGUCGGAUCCGGCGAAGAGGUUCCACGUCGCGCUGACGGCGACGGACGCGCUGUACAGUCAGUGGCAGUCGCGGAUUAUGCACUACUGGUACAAGGAGAUGAGGGGCCGGCCUGGGUCGGACAUGGGCGGCUUCACAAGGAUCCUUCACUCGGGGAAGCCGGACGGGCUGAUGGAUGAGAUACCCACCUUAGUGGUAGACCCCCUUCCUGAGGGCAAGGAUCAGGGUUACAUUGUCUUAAAUAGGCCUUGGGCAUUUGUCCAAUGGCUGCAGAAAGCAAAGAUCGUGGAGGACUAUAUACUUAUGGCGGAACCAGAUCACAUCUUUGUGAGGCCUUUGCCAAACUUAGCCCAUGGUGAUGAACCAGCAGCAUUUCCAUUUUUCUACAUCAAACCAACCGAGAAUGAGAAGAUAUUAAGGAAGUUCUUUCCAGAAGAGAAAGGUCCUGUCUCAAAAAUCGAUCCUAUUGGCAACUCUCCGGUGAUCAUCAAGAAGGCCCAGCUUGAGAAGAUUGCUCCAACCUGGAUGAAUGUUUCGUUAAAAAUGAAAGAGGAUCAGGAGACAGACAAAGCUUUUGGAUGGGUCUUGGAAAUGUAUGCAUAUGCUGUUGCUAGUGCGUUGCAUGGUGUGCACCACAGUCUUCGUAAAGAUUUUAUGAUUCAGCCUCCUUGGGACCUGAAAUCGAACAGUACAUUCAUCAUCCAUUACACGUAUGGAUGUGACUACACAAUGAAGGGUCAGCUAACUUAUGGGAAAAUUGGGGAAUGGCGAUUUGACAAAAGAUCUUAUCUUCGAACACCACCACCAAGAAAUCUUACACUACCUCCUCCAGGAGUUCCUGAAAGUGUGGUCACCCUUGUAAAGAUGGUCAAUGAGGCCACUUCAAACAUUCCAGAGUGGGAUGACGAGAGAUAAUUGAUGGUAUUGCUGAAUUAGGUUUUUGUUGGACAACAUCGAGGAAUAUCAUUGGUCAGUAAAAAGAAGAGCAUUCAAUUCAUAUCUCUAAAGUGGAGGACCGUGGCCAAUAUCUAAAACUUAACGUAGGAUUAGUAUCUGGGAAGAAAACGAUCGCAGUCUUUUUGAUCUAGUCGAGUCGGUUCGUUUUUGUACUGUAAAGCAGAAAUAUAGGCUUUUGGCUGCUCCCCUGGCUCAUUUCAUUGUAUUGUAAAGCAGAAAUGUAGUUUAGAGUCCUUCAAUUCAUAAUCAUUGGAGGUUUAUUAGUAGCCUUCUGGGGGAAAAAAGUUCUGCUGGGUACUGAACAUCCUGCUGAGUUCUGAUUGCUGAGUGCUAACACUGAAAAUCACUAAAAGCUUUCAAAAAUAAUCUAAUGUUGUUUUCGUAUUUUCUCUUUCUAGUGACACGGUAAUAUAUUUUUAUCUGUAACUGCAUACAAAUAAUUGAUAAUCAGAUUUUCGCUUUCGUA